GUUUAUUAUAUACCUCGUUUGAUGUUUUCAUGCGAAGAGGAAAUAUUUCUAUAGUAUUGGAAUAAUAAUACUAAUAAAUAAUAAAAUAAGUAAAUAUAACGGUAAAUUGAUUUAUCUUAAGCAAAAAUAACAAUGCUUUUGAGCUCAGUUGCACUUGUGUCGAAGCCGAAGAAUGGAAAGAAUAAGGAAUUAGCAGAGAAGAGAGCAGAAAAGAGAUGGAUAAAUGACCCUCAGGAGGGAUCUGAAGUGACUUGUGCAGAGUGUAAGAAAGAGAUUGAGGAGGACAAGUUUGUAUUCCAGUUCCCAUCCCCAGUUCCAAGCAACGAAAGCACGGGACAGCGACGGAAUUUCACCGACUAUCCAGGAGAACGGGUUACCAUAGUUACUGGUGACGCCCUAUGCCUCUCCGUGGAACGAUUUUACUACACUAUUGCUCUACGUGAAGAGUCAAAGGCCGAUCUGACUUGUGUAUUUCGCAAGAAGGUCUUGGAAACAAAGACAGUACCUAACGGCCGUGUGGAAACUGUUGUCUUCGCACUGGACUGCGAUCAGGACUUUUACAUAACAACGUCAAUGAAUGGAGACUUGGAGUUAAAUUACAACCCGUCUAUUCCAAGAACGAAUGAGCCUGAUGAACGGAUGUUUGACGUCUUCUUUACAAAUCUUGGACAGGUAUUAAUUCAGCCAAAGCUUCACCACAACACUUACCUUCAUCAUUUGGACAACUUCUUGAGCAUUCAGCAGUUGGACCUUAACUGGCGAUGCCCGGAAGAAUAUUUCUUCCACUUUAACGCUGUACCAGAGAGCGUUUCGCAAAAGAAAACAGAGGAUAAGAAAGUGUGUACACAUCAUAAAGACGUAAAAAAGAGUCUGUCCGUCCCAAAUAAAGUUACCAAUGGCACUGAAGUGUGUUCAAGUGAAAGUAGCAGUCAGCCUGAAAAGACUUUCACAGAAAGGCUUGGUGAAUACGGAAAAAACACUGAUUCAGAUCUGAUUAAACGCGCUCUGGAUAAAUAUGCAAUAGAACUGCCUACAAGAAAGCAAAGGAAAAGUAAACUAGGAUUUUCCAAUUUAUUCCUUGGAUGCUUCAGCGCAAAAAGUCACAGAAUUGUAGCGUGAUGACUUCGUAGUCUGAAGUUUUAAGAACAUGUGCAAUAAGUAGCAGAACAUUAACUAAUUUCCGUCCAAGGUACGUUUCUGAGCGGACACGGUGCUAAAUCAUGAAAUGAGCUAACAGUGUAACUUAUGUUCAUGACAAUAUCAUAUGAGUAACUAUAUUUAUUAUUGUGUGUACAUAACACUCUAUGGCAAACAUCUGUAUAAAAAUGAAUUGUUUAACGAGUUGUAAGUGAUGUAUAAAUGAAAUACAGUAUGAUUAUGUAAUGAUACAUAGUGAAUCAAUGUUGGAAAAAGGUAUUGUAACGUAAAAAGACAAUUUGACUUUUCUCGCAGUAUAUAUGCAUAAAAUGUGUCAUUUAUUUAUCAGAUGUACUUAAAGAUUAAAAUAUGUUUAAAUGUUCAAUAGUGCAAUAACUCUUUUCGUCACAUCAGCGCAAAAGGAGGAUAACUUAAAAGCAUUUAUACUCUUUUUUGGCUGAAGUGACGAUUUAUAUAAGAUGUCAUAUCACCUAGUUCUGAACGCAUACUGCCUUUGUAGAUUGCAUAGGGUUUAGAUUAUCCUAAACAAAGAGUAUACCACUGUAACAUGUAACUCAGGAUAUGCGAUGUAUACUGCUUCUCCGGGGCCAUACGGUCCGGGCCAGCAAUGUAAAUCGCUGAAACAAGAGAAACAUGUUGCAAACUCACAUAUCUUGUACUACUUUUACCAAAUUAGAAAUCUAUUUGCAGGAUAUAGAAAAUUGUGUUUUCACCAAGAGCUACGGAAAAUACUAUGCGAAGGAAAUUUUGAAGUUUUGUACUGUUCACAAGAUUACAAAUUUUGUUACAACACACUUAAAUUAAAGGGUAUUGUCUUAUCACCUGAAGAAACUGGUGUUUGCGUGUGUUGGGUAAUAAAAACAUGUAUAUGUAUUAUAUUUUGAUCUCCCAAAGUCUAGUCAUUUGUAUUUAUUUCAUUAAUUUAUUGUUUUGUCAACUGAUGGAAAUAAAAUUGUAAAUCAUGUAA